GAAGUACAAUAUUUUUAAGAUUGUAUGUAUUCAUCCACAUUUUUAUUUAAAAAGAACAUGAAUCGUUCUACUCAAGUUGAGUUUCAUAAAUUUUAAUUAAUUUUAAUUUUUAAAUAACACUUCACACCUUUCGCGACCUUGGUUAAGUUGGCAAGUAUUAAAUAAAAGUGUAAAAGUCACCGGCUCAACCUUGGAAUUUUGAAUAAAUACGGGAUCCGAUUAGUACGUCGGGCCAUUCUUGCAAUAUAACUUUGAAUUCACUCGAAAUAAACUUCAAAACCAAUCAUUCCAAAUAUUUUCGUGCAUAUUUUUCACAAAAAUAUUCACCGAGUUAAAGCUGUUCGGAAAAUGGAAAAAGAAGCGUACGCAACAUUUGCCCGCAACACGGGUGAGGUGGAAGAAGCCUUAAUUUUGCUGAAAUCCAUCAAGGAAACUAAAACCUUUAAAAAGGUUUUGAUUUUGUACGAUUCUGAAAUUGGAAUCGACUCUUGGACCAAUUUGGCUAACCAGUUUGACGAUAUGGUUCAACUGAUAAGAUUUCCGGGCUUAAAAGUGGAUUUUUGGAGUCAACUCAUGCUCACUUGCGCAACAAUUUUGGACUUUGACCGGAUUUGUUUGAUUGACCCUUCAGCAUUGGUUUUUAAAAAUGCAGACUCUCUAUUUUCGUACGAUCCUGCCAAAAUUGUUUUUGGAACGGGAUUGUUUAUCUUGCCCCUUUGCCCAAAUGCUUCUGGGUACCUGUUUAAUUGUUUGAAGAAUGAGCUGGAAUCUGGACGAACCUUUCAUAAACUAAAAGAUGCGUUGGUUAAUGAUUCGAGGGCGGUAUAUUUGAAGAAACAAUUUGUCACUGAUAUGAAAAAAGGAGAAUUUGAACUUGAGCCAUCGACAAAAAUUGUUUUUCUUGGAGAAUCAAGCAAACAAACAACGGAUAGAGUGAAGGACUUGUUUGAGUUUCGAAGUAAAAUUAAACAAACGCCUUACUGUAAACCCGGAACUGCUGCCGAACCCGUCGCCGUUAUUGGAAUGUCAUGUCGAAUGCCUGAUUCCAACGGCGUGGACGAAUACUGGAAGACAUAUCUUGACGGUAAAUGUGCAAUACGGCCACAUCCUGAUGAACGUUGGACUUCUGAGCAAGUUGGUAAUAUGGGGAAGAGUGUAAUGGAGUGCGGCUUUGUACCUUUUCCCGUGGACGAAUUUGACGGCGAUUUUUUUGAAAUGAGUCGAGCCGAAUGUAACUUCACCGAUCCACAACAACGAUUUCUACUUGAAGUUUCAUGGGAAGCAUUAGAGGAUGCAGGCAUCAACCCGCAGUCUCUCGCUGGUAGUAUGACCGGAAUUUAUGCAGGGUGUUGGACACAAGACUAUAACGAGCUAAUACAAAAAUUUGCACCUCUUUCUACCGGUGAGCUCAGAUGGUACAUGGGAAACAGCUUUGCAUCAGGAUCGGCACGAUUGGCACACAUUUAUAAGACACGAGGUCCCAACCUUACAACUGAGGUGGCGUGCACUUCUUCCUUUGUUGCGGUAGGUCAGGCGAUACAAGAUCUAAGAUGUGGGGCGUCCAAUCUCGCAAUCGCCACCACUGCAAACCUUAUUAUCAAGCCCACCUUCCAGAAUGACGUCAUCCUAUCAAAGGAAUAUAGGUGUAAAACAUUUGAUGCCGCUGCUAACGGAUUUGCGAGGGCAGAGGGUAUUGCUGCCCUUAUUUUGAAGAGACUAAGUGACGCAGUGCGAGAUGGGGACAGGAUUCAUUCCGUCAUUAUGGGGUUUGGUGCAGCACAGGAAGGCGAAACCAAAAGCGUGGGGACACCAACCAUUGAAAUGGAAACGUUGGCAAUGCGAAUUUCCUUGCGUGAUGCAGGUAUGAGGCCAGAACAAAUCCAAGUUGUUGAGGCACACGGGACUGGAACCGCUAAGGGGGAUCCGCUUGAAAUCAAGGCAAUAUCAAACGCCUACUCCACCUCUGAUCGAACAGAUCCACUGAUCAUAACUGCGGGGAAGGCAAACAUUGGCCAUACUGAAAGCGCAUGCGGCAUUGCAGGACUCAUAAAGAUCACAAUGGCCAUGAGACAUGGCCUGAUUCCUGUGCAAAUCGCAAUUCAAACCUUAAAUCCAGAAAUUGAUUUGACAACUAUCCCUGCCAUUAUACCUUCAGCUGGUAGUAUGCCUUGGUGUCCUGGAUUUGAUAAGCCAAAAGUUGCUGGAAUAAAUUCAUUCGGGUUUACUGGGACUAACACACAUAUUAUUUUACAAGAACCUCCUAAAUCGAUAUGUAAUGAGCAUACAUUUGGUUCGGGAAUGAAGAUCAAUAUUCUAACACUUUCUGCGAAAUCCGCAGCGGCUUUGUCAGAACUAGUUGACAAUUACAAGACCCAUUUGUUGUACAACACAGACAUGAGAUUAGGUGAUAUCGCCUACACGGCUAACGUGGGGCGAGCAAAAUUUUCCAACAGAGUUGCAAUCACUGCUAGAAACAGCGAAGAACUGGCGCAAAAAUUAGACACGAAAAAUUGGUCAAGUGGAAUUGUACAGAAAGAACCAAAGAUAUGCUUCCUAUUUCCAGGACAAGGGACGCAAUAUAAAGGAAUGGGUAGCCAGCUUUAUGACACAUUUCCGGUUUUUAAAGAACAAUUCGAUUUGUGUUUCCAAAUAAUUUUCAAAAUGUAUGGACUAGACAUUAAAGAUGCACUUUAUGGAGAAGGGAUAACAAACGGUCGUCUCAAGCAAUCAUUAUACUCUCAGUGUUCGAUUUUUGCAAUCGAGUACUCCCUAUUUAAAUUAUGGGUAUCACUUGGGGUGCAUCCAUCAAUUGUACUUGGCCAUAGUUUGGGGGAGUUUGCUGCAGCCACUGCCGCAUCACUGAUAACCCUUGAAGAUGCAUUGAAAAUAGUAGGAGCACGGUGCAAGCUAAUUGAGACACUGCCAAGUGGAAAAAUGUUGGCUGCUAGCGCUGACAGCGACGCAUGUCAAGCACUAAUUGGCAAAUUUCUAAAGGAGCGGCCUACAACAAACGCAGCUUGGCUUGAUAUUGCUGCCUGCAAUUCGAAACAACAAACUACCAUAUCCGGACCUCCUGCUGCAAUUGAAGAUUUUGCAGAAUUUUGUCGAAACAAUAGAGUCAGAUCUACCAUCUUAGAUGCCUCCCACCCAUUUCACUCGAGAGCUUUGGAUUCUAUAAUCAAUAAAUUCAAAGAAACUUUGAUGACCCUGAGACAAGACGUCGUGACACCAACUUGUAAAUUCGUUUCCUGUGUCGAUGGUACCGACAAGGCAACCAUAACUCCAGAAUAUUGGGUUUCGAAUUUGAGAAAACCAGUCCAAUUCAUUCAAGCAAUGGAAGCAAUCGAAAAACUAAUCCAGGAGGAUAAUUCCGAUCGACAAUAUAUAUUCCUCGAAGUCGGUCCACAUCCGGUCCUUUCAGGUUUAAUUAUUUCAAAUUUAUCAUUCGCUCCUCAAUGCGUCAAAUCCAUGAGGAGAGGUGGCAACGAGCUGGAGGUGUUCCUCGAAGCUAUCGGAAACUUGUUUGUUCGCGGGGUUUCAAUUGAUUUUCCAAAUUUUCACCAAGUACAUGACGCGAAGAAAGUGUCCCUCCCGUUCUAUCCCUUCCAGAGGAAGUCGUUUUGGUUUCCAUUUAAAUCAGACGAAACUGAUUAUUUCCCAUCUUCAAUGAAGGACGUUCAUCCUCUAUUAGGGAGACAGCUGGUACAACCUCAAGCUUCGGAAAUGAAUAUCAAAAGAUUUGAAAAUAAAAUAACAGUUGAUUCAAACCGAUGGGUGGGAGAUCAUCUCAUCGGACAAUGCGUUAUAAUGCCAGGCUCAGCCUUCCUAGAAAUGACUUUGGCGUCACGUUACCUGACCCCAGACAGUGACACCAGAAAUGUGGACCACUUCACGAUUGAGAAUUUUAGUGUUAAAAACCCUAGCUUUGUCACAAAAAAGGAAUCAACUUAUCAUACAGUAUUGGAGGGCAACAUAGUUAAAAUUUUUACCCUUGUAGAUGCGGACACGUGGUUACAACAUUCCCAAGGAACGAUUAAGGAGUCUUGGUCGCAGGAUUUGAAAUGUGCGAAGGAUCUCUUCCCAUUACUUGAGGACAAUGAAAUACCCUCAUCAAUCCCAAUGGAAGAACAGUAUAGAAACUUCGCCACAGAAGGAUAUAAUUUUGGACCAUCCUUUCUAAGCAUUACGUCCCGAUGGGAAGAUCAGAAACUUAACAAGUAUGCAAAAGCCAAACUUGUUCAGACCGACUUUGAUGCCAGAUUCAUCUUGCAUCCUGUUGUGCUGGAUAGUAUGCUACAGUUUCAUGCAAUGUCCAUGAAAAAAAGAGCAACAAUCGAAGGUACCAUCAUGCUUCCUGUCGCCAUUCGACGUCUUACAGUUUAUAACAUGAACAAACAUACAGAAAACGAUUCGUCCCUGCAUUUCUACCUCAAAAAAUGUUAUGAGACAGGAGCAGUACAUUUGUACAACUCAACUGGCAAGAUAUUAGCAUCAAUGGAAGGAAUUGACGUUCUUGCCCAAAGCUUGGCCAGUCUAGAGGAAAAGCUUCAUUCCAGUCUCAAUCCGAUUAGCCAGUGUCCAGUAUAUGAACUGGAGUGGAGAGAAAAUUAUACGGGAGGACAAGUCUCUGAACCACUUUCAAAACCAAGAAACUGGCUGAUUUUCGGAUUUCAUGACACCUUCACAAAAGAUUUAAUGCAACAACUUAGCGUAUCCAGCGAAACUGUUACACUAAUUAUACUUGGAGCGGAGGAAAUCAUUUCAGCCCAAUAUAUUGAAACGAAUGGGAACACAAAGGAGGCAUUCAUGAACAUUUUAUCGAACUUUCCUAUAUCGGACGGAAUAAUCUUUGCAUGGGGAUUGAAAACUGUGCUAGAUCAGUCGAUAAUUGAAAAGUGGUUUCACCUACUUCAAGCAAUCACGUUAUCCUCAAUGAAUUUGUCGGAACUAUUGCUCCUAACCAAGGGGACACAAUGUGUCUCGAUUAAUGUUGAGGAAUCCGACGAACAGCCAACGGCCGGUUUACUUAUAGGAAUGUUUCGUUCAUUUAAAUCCGAAAAUUCUACCCUAAAAUGUAAAUUAAUUGAUCUGGAUUCUUUAAGUAAGGAGAAUAUUGAAAAUAUUAUUCACGAAAUUUCUGAAAAUUCAGCCGCCGAAAGUGGCGGAAAUAGUAUUUGCUACAAAGAAGGAGUUCGGCUAACCCAAAAAUUGACGAAGCUUAAGCCUUCUAACUUUCUUCAUCUGCCAAGUACUCCCACAUUUUGCCUACGGCUUCCAACUUCACAUCUGAUUUCAGACCUAAAGUUUGUAGAUAUACCACCAAUUUCGGAACUGGAAGUGAACGAACUGGAAGUCAAAGUGAAUGCAUAUUCGCUAAACUUUCGUGACAUUUUCGCAGUUCUAAAGCCUUCAAAAGCCUUUGAAAACAUAGACAUUAUUGGAAGCGAUUUCUCCGGAGUGAUUAGCCGAAUUGGAACUUCCGUACAUAAUUAUCAAGUUGGGGACAUGGUGUUUGGAUAUAAUAGCCAAAACGUCGCGCUAUCUUCACACGUUAUCACCUCUGAGAAGUUAAACUGUGAUAGAUGGUCUGCAAGUUACCAAAGGUUUUAACUCAUGAUGAAGCUUCAAUCUACCUACCGUUGCCUUAACUGUUUAUCUAUGCCUGGACAUUGUUGCCAAGAUGAAAAAAGGCGAUACAAUCCUGAUUCAUGCAGCUUCAGGAGGGGUUGGACUAGCAGCUGUACAAUUUGCAAAUAUAGUAGGAGCAAAUGUCAUAGCCACGGCGGGAAGUUCGAGAAAACGAGCGUACCUGAAACAUAUU